GCAGCCCACAGUGCUCUGUUCAGGACUGCCUGUGUCUAUGCCCGCCCCCCGGGUGUCCCCUCCCUGGGUUUCGUCUGGUCCUCAGGCGACGCUGAAAGAUGAGAUCUUACCUGGAAGAAGAUGAAGUGAGAGGACUCUCAGUCUCAUGAUGGUGAUGAUGUCACAGAUGAUGUCAUGGAGCCGCCGCCGUCGCCGGAGUCUCCUGUGACUCUGGUGAUGGUUUCCUGCUCCGCCUGCGGAUCAGCCAACGCCUCCAUCAUCUGCUCAGCCUGCGGGCGAGGGUUCCACAGAGACUGCCACGUUCCCCCUGUGGGGCCCCACAUGUGGUCAGAGUGGAUCUGUUCUCUGUGUCAGGACCUGUCAGACCCCUCAGACCCCUACAGCUCUGACAGACCACAAAGACCUCAGAGUCCCUGUCUGGGUCUGCAGGACCAGAGGAGGUGUGAGAGUCUGCUGCUGUAUCUGAAGGUGGAAGGCUGCAGUCGACUGUCUGAGUCCGGUUUCGUUUGGUCUCAGCUGACGUUGUCGUCGGAGCGUCUGACUCUCCACCGUCGUCCUUCGUAUCAAACAGCUGCAGAGUUCCUGUCCGACAUCUGGAUUCUGCUCAGAGACGCAGAGGUCAGAUACAACAACAAUAAUAAUAUAAUGUUGUGUUCUUCCAUCAGUGACUGA